AUAUAUGUCAUUACUCGCUCCAGCACGGUGGAAAGUGGUGGUUUGACCCAGCAGCAGGGCGACGUAGUGGCACGCGAUCGCAAUCAAUUCAAUCGUCCGCGAUGGAACCCUUCUGCAAGGUACUCGUGAUGGAAACGCGACAGCUUAGGGUACUGAGACCUCACCUCCACGAGAACUUAGUCGCCAGGGAGGCGCACAAGAAAGGCGUCGUGAAAAAAUGCCUGUUCGGUGUAGCGGAUCCCCUGGAUACUCAGAGGAUGCUAGAGGAGCAGUGCGAGGUUGAUAGAAAACGGAUAUUUGAUAAAUACGGGAUCGACUUGCAAGACAUCGAGGAUUUGGAGAACGACCAAAGCGACGUGGAAAAUGACAAGAACGGACAGAACAAACCAAAGCCUAUAGGCGGUAGGAAAAUACUGAAGGCGAAGAGAAAAUCGUCCGGUGGUACGCAAAGUGCGUCGAGGCGGAAUCAGAAUUUUAUUACCGAUUACUACUCUGCCAGAAAGUCGCUACAUCAACGCUUGGAAAAGAAGGACACCCAGCAGAACUGAUCUAAGUCGUCGUUCAGUUCAUCGCAGUUCCUAAUUAAGAGAUAAGACUGUACAUAAUUUAUUCCAUACGGCCUCUAUCCAAAGCGCUUUUGUUUCUCAGUUUCAAAAAGAGUUUAUAGCCUCGUCGUGAACAGUCUAGUCGUUGUCGAUAUGUAAAUACCGUGUACAUAACUACGUUAGGAAAAAAUAUACUUUA